AUGGUCUGCAGGGUCAACCAACAAUGUUCUGUGCGGGCCUGGGUGAACUACGAGGCUACGCAGCAGCGUAUAAACAAAUUAGUAAACUCCUCGCCAAGAAACCUCCUCUCCAACCAUCUCCACAACAAACCAGCUAAUCAACUCAGCGCACCACAUUCGCUCAUCGAUCCAGCACUCGUUUUCACAACAACCAAUUAUUACCUGUUGACUGAUCACUAG